ACAAUAUUAAAAUGGCGAGAGCGAGGGAGCCUACGAUCUCCGAGUGCUUGUUUACUGUCUUACUAUUCGCCUUAAUACAGACGAUCACUGCCAAAGAUGCAGCUGUGGUGAGGUAUGAGGAGAGAGAGAGUGUGGGAGUUGUGGUAAAAGCAGGUCUGGUCAGAGUGCGGCGGCAGGUCCCUGUCGCAUCCACUAUUACACCCACAACAGCACCCCCUGGCAACGGAACGGAAACCGACAGGACACCAGGGAACGACACCACCAAGAACGACACGGGGGUAACCAAUGCACCUGUAACACCCACACCCACGCCCACGCCUUCACCCACCACAACAGCCCAAGGCUCUACCCAGGCGCCUGUGAGGACCACGCUCAGCCCACUGCCCACCACUACAGCUAAUGUUACAAUUUCAGAGAAUGAUGUGAAAUACUACACUGUUACGACGUUGCAUCAUCAUAUGCAGACAGUACAGAAGUACUGGAAAAACCUGUCCAAUGGAUCGGAGGUGCACCCCACACUAUCUGAUGGCCACCGACUUGCUCAGACUCUACCACUCAAGUUUGAGUUCAGGUUUUAUGGACACACCAUUAACAAUGUUACCAUAGCAACUGGAGGUUUUCUCUACAUGAGUCCAUUCCUGCACAAGUUCCUGACGGCCACUCAGUACAUCGCCCCGCUCAUGGCAAACUUUGACACCUCUCUGGGCAGCGAGUCCCACAUCCGCUAUCUCAGCACAACGGAAAUUUUUAUCGUUCAGUGGGAAAAUGUUCACCUUAAAGACCAAGUGGAAUUUGGCAUAUUUAACUUCCAAGUGCACUUGAAGAAAUCGGGGGAUAUUCUUUUUGUGUAUAAAAAUGUACCAAUUAGCGUCAACAAAAUUGUGGAGGAUAACCAUCCUGUCAAAGUGGGACUCUCCGAUGCAUUCUACAUUGAUAAAGAUGACAAGAAGCUAGGAAUGAAAAGACGGACAAUUUAUGAAUAUCACAGAGUCCAAAUCAACUUUACUCAAGUCACGAACAACACAGUGGUGAUACUGAAGCCCAACCCAACGUGUAACACAGCGCGGACGUGCGAGAGCUGCCUUGAUAACCUGGCCGCCAUGGGGUGUCGCUGGUGUGGGGUGGUACAGCGGUGUUCUGACGGGAUAGACUGGAUGAGGCAGGAUUGGCUGAACAAGGGUUGCAAAUACCUGAGCACAAAAAACAUUUCAGACUGUAAUAAUAUUCUGACUAAAACAUCAACAAAAGCAACAACAACAACCUCUUCUGCGUCGACGUCAACUUCUUCAACAUCUGCAGUCUCUACAAAGUCUGCUUCAUCGUCAUCAAGAUCAUCGUCAGUGAAUAAAACAUCGGCUUCUGUGCCGUCAAAGUCUUCAUCAGUGACAAGAACACCAACUUCAGGGUCUUCUUCAGUGACAAGAUCACCAACCUUCCUGACAUCAGUUUCUCUGUCAUCAACAUCUUCACCAGUGACAAAAACACCAACUUCACGGUCUUCUUCAGCGACAAGAGCACCAACCUCCCUGUCAUCAGUGACAAGGGCACUUACUUCUCUGUCACCGAUGACAAGAGCACCGACUUCAGUUUCACCAGUGACAAAAACACCAGUUUCUCUUUCAUCAACAUCUGCCUCAGUGUCAGGUUGUACAUUUACGAAGAGCCAUAAAAACUCUUCUAUGUGUGGUAUAAUUAUGACGCCAACAACAACUACCACAACAACAACUACCACAACAACAGCUACCACAACAACAGCUACACCAGGCUGCCCAUUUUUGAAGUCUGGAAAUGACAACUGUUCAGCCAUCGCUACUGUCCAGCCAACUAAGGCACCGCUGACUAAGAGGGGUGAUGGCAUAGGGUUCCCACCAGGAGCUGUCAUCGCUAUCAUCAUCAUUGUGGCUCUUGUCAUUGGGAUAGGGGGCUGGCUGUUCUAUGCCUACAGAAACCCUACGUCACCAUCGGGCAUGUGGCUGAUGGAGCACCGUCCUGAUGCUAUGAAAACAAAGCUGGCCAAGAUGAAGUUCUGGAAGCAGAGUACGCCAACUGGAGACAAGUAUGCUGUGGAAUCUGAAGCCUGAUUAGAGGUCCCAUGGCCAGAGAGCAACCAGAUUGGUUAUCCAAGCUCAUGAAUAUUCAUACACAUGUGAUGUAAGGGGAAAUUUUAUUGGGUGAUAUUUUAAAUAGCAGCAGAUUAUUUAACCGGGAUGAACACGUAUACACAAUGAAAGAAGGACUUGUGCAGCAUGAAGAAGGGUAUAGCUCAAGGGAGGUCACUCUGACCAUAGAACCUUAACCAAUAGUGGCUUAUUAGAGUCGACCGAAAUGUGUACCAUUGGUAAUUAGGGAAUUCUUGGUACCACCUGUUUCCUUAGUGAUCAGGAAUUAGCCAGUGGAAAAUAUUCAUAUUCCCAAACUGAACCACUCAGCAGAAUUGGAGUUGUCAUUCACUUUGAGUUUAGCAACCUUAAAAAUGAAAAAAAGAAAAAAUCCUGGAAAAAAAAAAUAACAUUUUCUGUUAGUUUUGUAGUAUCGUUGGUUUGGUUGAAACUGAAACAAAGUUACUUCCUUUCACAGGAAACUGGUUUGUAGAUGGUUUUCGAUACUUAAAAAAAAAAAAAGAACAAGGGUGUUGUAUGUUUAUCUCCAAGCAUUGUGAGCAUUGAAGUGGAUAUGAAAAGAAAACAAAAAAAGUGCUGAUUGGGAAGGUUUGUUUUUCAAGCUGAAUCAUCAACCGCUCACAAUAGCAUGUCUAGGUGAGAUGGAAUGGAAAUGGGUUGUUUCCAUUGGCUACCAUGUUUUUAUACUGUUACAUAUCAAAUGCAAUUGUGAUAUUUUACUGUCCAAGGGUUUUCUUCAGAAGCUGCAGGUUGCAUAGACCUUCUGCUUUAUCUGCUAUGAAAACUGCUAUCCCACGUUGAGCCAAGAAAGGUGUAUGAAGCUGAGAACCGUGAUGUGCCUGAUGCCUUCAUUUAAGCAGAAUCUUGAUGAGGACUGACUAACAUUAAAGUUACCUGCUAUUAUACACCUUGAAUGUGUGAGUUCCAUUUUAAAAGCAGCUCCACAGUACCCAGACUUAUAUGUCAUGUCCGUUAUGCCUUGACCUCAAACCCAGUAUAAAGUGUUGUGUGUGGCAAGAUCAGUCAUGAAUAAUCAUGACACCAAUGUCCAGUCAAAUUAAAAAGGUCACACCAGAAUCACCAGAACCAAAAGAUGAAGGUAAAAUAACCUGAACAACAACAAUUAUUCCACGGUUGAAACAUCUCUUUGAAGAAAGUGGGCCUCAUUGCAGGAGGGAGACGGCCACUGAUUGGCUAAGAAUUACUUUGCAUCCACAUAAAAGGACAGAUUUGCAUUGAAUACAUUUAUGAGGUGGGGCUUGUUAUUGUGAGAACACUUUAUAAUUGAACUUGUGAUCAAUGCAUGGUCCCUGUGUGAAUGCAGAGUAUAGGGAUAUGUGGAUGCAUAGCAGGAUCGUGGUAGAUAAAGCAGAGGACUUGUGCUAGAUAUUGUACAUACCAGGUGUUAUCUCUGUGAGGGGAAGGCUGCACGAAGCCUUCGCCAUGAAGUGUGUCAGUGAAAUCAGUGUGAGUGCAUGCGUACUGGUGUGAGUGUUCAGGCCUUGGACACAUUUUAACAGGUUAAAGUUACACACAAAAGCAGAAUACGCUUGUCUUUAAUAGGUGUUAGAAAAAAGUUACAUGCUGUGUCCGUUAAUCUGUUUUUCUCUUCUUUUUUUUUUUUUAAUCUAUUAAUUAGGUGACUCAGAUUUUCAAAGGCUGUUUGUUAGACCUCAGUAGCUGUAAAAUGCUAAUUAUAUAACCUCCAUGACAUUGGAGGUAACUCAUGAUGUCAACAUCCAUUUUGAAAAGAUAUCUUAAAAAAUAAAAACAAGCAAAGAAAAACAUUGGCUUCUCCAUGUAUUUUGUAUUUAUUGGUACUAUUAUUUUCUCUUUUUUUGUAAAAUUCUUAAUGUUCAAACUUAAAUUAAAUCAGUGAGCAGCUUCAGAGAUCAAAGUUUUAAAAAAAUGAAUGUGUUUCUUAUGUGGGCGACUUUUUUUUUAAGGCUGUACAGUUCAUAUACUGGUGGGAAGCAUCUUUUACUCUGUAUUUGUGCAGAUUCAGUUUUUUUAUUUUCAUAUCUCAGUACCUUGCUGGAGUUAUUUAUGUUCAUAUUUACACUGUGUCUCUUAUACCCUCAAAGCACCGGGCUGUUUUCAUGUAUGUAGUACGUCUGAUAAGACCAUGCAUUAAUAUGUAUGCUAAAGAGACUGAACCCACACAGGCUUUUGAUGCACAGAUGAUAUGAUUUUCUGUAUGAGUACUUGAAAAAAUAUGAGUUGUGCUUUAACAAGAUAACUUCUUUCUUUUUCAAAUUGAUUUUGUGUAGAAUGCAUAUUCUAGGAACUGUAACUUAAGAGUGUUGUUUGUGCAUUGAUUUUCUUUUUGGUUUUAUUUUUAUUUUUUGGCAAUUUGGAGAAAAAUCUGUUUUUGGACUUUCUAAAAUUAUAAAACAUUCCAUACAGAUUUAAGAUUUAGUUACACUAUAAUACUAAAUUAUGCACUUUUUUCAAUCUUUUUUUGAUAACGAAUUUUGUAACAUUGUGAAUACGUAUUUGUAUAUAUUAUUAUUAUUAUUAUUAUUCAAAAUAGUGGCGUGCUUAUGAUAUUUCUGAUAUUCAAUUCUUUUGGUGUUUUAUUCUCUUGUGUAAUUAUUGAGCUUCAAAUUUCAAGUCUCAUAAUCCUUCACCACAAACACCCACCACCUUACAAAUUAGUUCCCGGGGGUUGGUAUAUGAAAAGCUUUAAUUGCAUCUACGGGGCAUCACAUACCUGUAAAAAUCAACAGGAAAUGAAAGGCAACAGUGACUAACACAGCCACUUGACAGUAGUGGCUGGCACGGUGACAUGACAAUAGUGACUAACAUUGUGUCAUGGCAAUAGUGACUGGCACUGUGACAUGACAACAGAUCUUUGAUCCAAGACAAAUAAGAAAAAGAAUGGAAAGUAGUCAAUCCCCUGAAUCAAACAAACAAUUUUGCAAUAUGAUAGUUUUAUGCAGAUUGGUUUCAAGUGUUUGUUUCAUUUCAA